AAUAAUCACUCCAAAACAGUGGCACAUAAUAAUCUAAUCCCUUCUCCAAAGUUGACGUCAAUUACUAACCUAUCUAUGCCAAGUGUAACCAUCCUGAACCCACCUAUCUGGCAAAUACCUACGCGUCAACCUUUUACUACAUGCGUAUCAUCAUAACUACAACAACCACGUGUAAUAACUACCAUGAUUCAUUACCUUAAAAACACUAGAUCCAACGGCUCUCCUUUCUCCACCUGUAAAUCUCACCAUGUGCCACUCCUCAAAUUUUCCACGACCUAUCCUCAUUGCGUCUUCUAUAUCUCCCCAUUUCCCUCUGUUUCAGGAAUACCCAUUUAUUUUCCUAAUAAGACGCCAAUCCAACUGUUUUGGUUCGGAGAAAUUAAAAAAAAAUGGUGCAUCCGCAGAAUAGCAGUGGCAAGUACAAGGGCGUACGGAUGAGAAAAUGGGGGAAAUGGGUGGCGGAAAUAAGGCAACCGAAUAGUCGAGGAAGAAUUUGGUUAGGGUCCUAUAAUACUGCUGAGGAAGCUGCUAGAGCUUAUGAUGCUGCGCUUUUUUGCUUACGAGGACCUACUGUGACUCUCAACUUUCCGAAUAAUCCUCCUGAUAUUAAUCCUUAUCAGACCAGUCUUUCGCCGGUGCAGAUUCGUGAGGUUGCGUUCCGGCAUGCCAGGAAAGGCGAGGAGACAACGGCGACUACAGUUGCGGCCCCGGACCAUUUGGGUUAUCUGCCUGGUGAAAAACAUGGCGUAGAAGGUGAAAAUUUGGAUGGAAUCUCCACUGGGGCAUUUUAUCAAGCAGCUGGUGUGUGGACUCUUUAGGGUUGAGUUUAGUUUUUAGAAAUUAGGAAAGUUUUUGGUAGUUUAGUAGUUAGUUAGGCUUCAACAUCUGUAGAAUUUAGACUAGUUUUUGAAUGAAAACAUUAUUGAAUCCAUACAGAAGAAGUAACUUUAUCAAGCAUGAUCCUCUGUGAAAUUUGAUGCGAUUGUAAUUAACCCGUUCAGCAGUUGCUCUUCAAGGCUGCUUCCAACUGGUUGAAAACAGAGACAUCCCAUUCACAGUGUUCCACUU